AUGAACCGAAUGGAUAUAACCCUAAUUUGUUACAUAAUUUUUUCUUUCCUAGAAGAAGAAAGCUAAAGAAAAUUAAAAUUUAAAACAGUAAAGCUCUUUUUCAUUUUACUCACAUUUUAUUCUAUCUUUGAGAUCCCAAAUCUAACAAAAGGAACACCAAAAUGCAGUAUCCUCCGCUUUUAAACCCGAACCCGCUGCCACCCAUUCCCUCCAAACCCAAUGCAUCAUCCACCACCCAAACGGCGUUGUUUUUCCCCAACUCUACCCCAUUCUGUGGCUCCCACCACAGGCGAGCCCAUUCCGAAGUCCAAUUCCGGAUUCCGGACGAAUUGGAUCUCGGCUCCGACACUUUCGAAGGGUUGGGAUCCGAGGAUGACUUGUUUUUCAAUUACGUGGAUAUCGAGAAGCUGGGAGGAUCAUCGAAGGGACCGGAGGAAGGAGGAGGUUCCGGGUCUUCGAGUGGUGGGUCGGGUCAGAAUCAGAAAGGAGAGGAAAUCAGUGGUGGGUCCGGGAAGGGAGAGAAGAAUGAUGGGAAAGGAAGGCAUAGGUAUAGUAAUUCAGUUGAUGGGUGCUCGACAAUGGAGUUGAUUGAAGCUAAGAAAGCUAUGCCUCCCGAUAAGCUUGCUGAAUUGUGGAAUAUUGACCCAAAGAGAGCCAAAAGGAUCAUGGCAAAUAGGCAGUCAGCUGCUCGCUCUAAGGAGAGGAAAGCUCGAUAUAUAACUGAACUGGAGAGAAAAGUCCAAACACUUCAAACGGAAGCAACUACUCUUUCUGCCCAACUAACCCUAUUCCAGAGAGAUGUAACAGGCUUGACAACUGAGAACACCGAACUUAAGCUUCGGUUACAGGCUAUGGAUCAACAGGCUCGACUACGUGAUGCUCUGAACGAAGCACUGAAGAAGGAAGUAGAGGGGCUGAAGAUUGCUACCGGAGAAGCAACGACACCCACAAACACAUUCAAUUUGGGAAUGCACCAUAUACCAUACACCCAAUCUUCAUUUCUCCCUCCCCAGCCUCAGCAUAUGCAAAUCGACACCCAAAACAUACAAAUGCCACCAUUUCAGCCCUUACAAUCUAACACAUUGACAACUAAUCCGUCCGUGGUAGGUGCCACCAAUUCAUAUGCCUUUGCCGAUAUGAUGCAACAGGAUCCUCUAGGCCAAUUGCAGGGGCUUGAUAUCAGUAGCGGUGGUUCCCACUCAGUGAAAUCCGAAGGACCCUCGAUUUCCACCAGUGAAAGCAGUGGAACAUUAUGAUACAGAAAGUGUUUCUCGUCUGCAACUUGCUCUGCCUUAUUUGUUGGAUUGUUUAUAGGCUCACCAACCUUUAUUGACAUCAAAAGGUACUAUUCGUUUGAAUUCAGUUCUUUUAAUGAAUUCAUAUUCAUUGUAGGAUUAGAAUUUUUUGAUCCAUAGGAAGUAAUGGGUUAAUGCAGCAUCUUGGACCAGCUGCUCUGAUUGUAUUAUUUGUUAAAAGUUCUGUUUAAAAAAGUUGUAUUGCUGGUGAAUUUCUUCAAA